GACUCCUUUAUAACUUCGCCCUGAGAUCUGUUUUCUUUUUCGUUGUCUUCUCCCUCUAGAGAGAGAAAAUUGACGAAUCGUAGCUACGAUGGGGAUUAGGGUUUUUCUGCUUCUCCUCCUCUUCUUCUGUACAUCAUAUCCCACCUUUUCCCUACACGAAGACCAAGUCGGCCUCAUGGAUUGGCAUCAACAGUACAUUGGGAAAGUAAAGCACGCAGUUUUCCACACUCAGAAGGCGGCGAGGAAGCGCGUUAUCGUCUCCACCGAGGAAAACGUCGUUGCUUCACUUGAUCUUCGCCAUGGGGAGAUUUUUUGGAGGCAUGUUUUGGGGCCCAAUGACGUCAUCGAUCAGAUUGAUAUCGCGCUUGGAAAAUAUGUUAUUACUCUGUCAUCUGGAGGAAGUGUCGUAAGAGCUUGGAACCUUCCUGAUGGCCAGAUGGUGUGGGAGUCAACACUUCUUGGCUCCAAGUCCUCGAGGCCAUUAUUACUAAUUCCAAAAAAUUUGAAGGUCGACAAGGACGAUGUAAUAUUUGUUUACGGUAACGGUUUUAUUUAUGCUGUUGCAAGCAUUGAUGGAGAGUUCAUCUGGAAAAAGGAGCUAGCUUCUGAAGGCAUCGAUGUCCAACAGUUAAUUCUUCCGGAAGGAAGUGAUACAAUAUAUGCUGUAGGUUUGCUUGGUUCCUCCCGGUUUGAUGUUUAUCAACUCGAUGUUAAGAGUGGUGAGCUGUUGAAGCAUAACAGCAUGUUCUUUCCUGCUGGGUUUUCUGGGGAUUUGUCAUUUGUGUCAGAGGGCAUGGCUAUGGCAGUAGAUUUUACUGAAACAGUUCUUGUUUCCGUACUCUUCCGAGAUGGACAAAUUAGCUUUCAUAAGACACAUGUUUCUCAACUCAUCCCGGGUUUUUCAGGACCAGCUGUGACAUUACCUUCCAAAAUACCCGGAACAUUUAUUCUAAAAACAGGUAGUUCUGUUCAUUUCAUAAAGGUGAUUAAUGAAGGCAAGUUGAUAGUUGUGGGCCAAGUUGGUCAUACAGAUGCUGUAAGCGAUGCUCUAUCUCUUCCGGAAGAUCAGCAAGGUUUUGCCCUUGUUCAGCAGGGUGAUGGGAAGAUUUUUCUUACAGUGAAGCUUGGCGAUGAUUGGACAACCAAUUUAAUUGAUGAUACAGUUCAGAUGGAUCAUCAGAGGGGACUUGUGCAUAAGGUUUUCUUGAAUACAUAUGUUCGGACGGACAGGUCAAAUGGUUUCAGGGUUCUGAUUGUCAUGGAAGACCAUUCAUUGCUGUUAUUACAGCAAGGCGAGAUUGUCUGGAGUAGGGAAGAUGGUCUAGCUUCAAUUAUAGAUGUUAAAGCAUCAGAGUUACCAGUUGAAAAGGAUGGUGUGUCGGUGGCGAAAGUAGAGCACAACCUUUUUGAAUGGCUUAAGGGGCAUCUGCUGAAGCUCAAAGGAACUCUUAUGAUAGCAACCCCUGACGAUGUGGUAGCCAUACAGAAAAUAAGGUUGCAAAGCUCUGAGAAAAGCAAGAUGACUCGUGACCGCAACGGAUUCCGAAAGCUUCUCAUAGUACUUACUCGAUCGGGGAAAGUUUUUGCCCUACACACUGGAGACGGCAGAAUUGUGUGGUCCCUCUUACUGAAAUCUCUUCGUAAAUCGGAAACGUGUGAAAAUCCUAGGGGGGUUAGUUUGCAUCAAUGGCAGGACCCUCAUCAUCAUGCAUUGGACGAGAAUCCAUCUGUUCUGGUUGUGGGAAGAUGUGGACAGGGUUUAGAUUCUGCCGGAGUUUUCUCUAUUGUUGACACAUACACUGGGAAGGAGUCAUAUCAUGUAGGGCCCACUCAUUCCAUUGCCCAUGUUAUUCCACUGCCUUUUACCGAUUCCAGAGAGCAGCGUUUGCAUUUGCUUUUGGAUGCGAAUCGACAGGGUCACUUGUACCCAAGAACUGCCGAGGCUCUCGGCAUUUUUCAGCAUGAUUUGGGGAACGUGUAUUGGUAUUCUGCUGAAACUGAUAAUGGUGUCCUAAGGGGUCACGGAGUGCAGAAGAAUUGCGUUCUUGAGGUGGCAGAUGACUACUGUUUUGGCACAAGGGACCUAUGGUCAAUUGUGUUCCCCUCAGAGUCGGAAAAGAUUGCUGCAACUGCAACAACAAGUUCAAAUGAGGUGGUUCAUACUCAAGCUAAGGUGACAGCAGAUCAGGAAGUCAUGUACAAAUACAUAUCAAAGAAUCUUCUAUUUUUGGCUACUGUUUCACCUAAAGCCGUUGGUCCUAUCGGUUCAGUUACCCCUGAUGAGUCAUCUCUCGUCGUUUACGUGAUUGAUACUGUAACUGGUCGUAUUUUGCACCGAAUGACCCAUCAUGGUUCACAGGGUCCCGUAAAUGCUGUCUUUAGCGAGAAUUGGAUUGUCUAUCACUACUUCAACCUAAGGGCACACCGAUAUGAGAUGUCUGUUAUCGAAAUCUACGACCAAGCUCGUGCGGAAAACAAAGACGUCUUGAAGCUUGUUUUUGGUGCACAUAAUCUUACUUCACCGAUAACUGCAUACUCCCGCCCCGAAGUCUUCACCAAGUCGCAGUCUUAUUUUUUCACGCAUUCCUUGAAAACAAUCGCCGUGACUUUAACUGCCAAAGGCAUAACUUCCAAGCAGAUUCUUCUUGGAACAAUCGGUGAUCAGGUUUUGGCUCUCGAUAAGCGGUUUUUAGAUCCUCGAAGAACAGUCAACCCCACUCAAGCCGAGAAAGAGGAAGGAAUUAUUCCUCUUACCGACUCAAUACCAAUUAUUCCUCAGUCUUAUGUAACGCAUGCUCUUAAAGUGGAAUCACUGAGAGGCAUAGUAACAGUUCCUGCAAAGCUGGAGUCAACAACCCUUGUCUUCGCUUAUGGUGUAGAUCUCUUCUUCACUCGGCUCGCACCUUCUAGAACAUACGAUUCUCUUACCGAAGAUUUCAGCUAUGCUUUACUUCUACUCACAAUUGUUGGCCUAAUUGUGGCAAUUUUCGUUACAUGGGUUUGGUCGGAGAAGAAAGAUCUUCAGGACAAGUGGAGAUGAGUGAGUUACAAACAGUUUGCAAAAAAGUCCAUCCUUUGUCCUGUCACGGGAUUUUCGGCUUCUUAGAUUAUGGACCAGUCCUUUUGUAGCUUGAUGAUAUCUCGCUGUGGUUAAUUUAAUUCUGAUUUAAUGGUGCCAAAAGUUUUCGACCAAAUGUUGUAAAUUCAGAAUGAGAGUAGAACCGAACGAUACAAGAAGUAGGCUUGCUCUUCAUAGUUUUUGUUUUCUAUCGUAGCGAACUAUUGUUACAGAAAAACCUAGUGCCAUUGAUGGUGAAAUAUUGUUCUUUUCCUCGCGUAAAACUAUAUAGAAUAAUAUUCGUCACCAUUGCUUUUGACGCAAUUGUUCAAGUCAUUUUUCGUUA